AUGGCGACUUCUGCACCGAGCAAGAUCACCGACUGGGUGGAUCCUAAAGAUAAGUCGGGCGAGUUCAAGCGACAGCAAUCCGUCUUCCGCAACUUCAUCUCUCGCGAACCCGGCGCAGAGUUCCCUCCCGAGAAGGGCCGUUAUCAUCUUUACGUUUCUUAUGCCUGUCCUUGGGCGCACCGUACGUUGAUUACUCGCAAGCUAAAGGGCCUGGAAGAUUUUAUCUCCUUCACGUCAGUGCACUGGCACAUGGGUGAACAUGGAUGGCGUUUCCCUACCCCCGAUGAAAAGCUCCCUGGGGAAAACACAACCCCAGAUCCAUUGCAUUCGGACUUUACGCAUCUGCGCCAGAUCUACUUCUCCAAUGAUCCCGACUAUGCAGGCCGAUUCACUGUUCCAACGCUCUACGACAAGAAGACGAAAAAAAUUGUCAGUAACGAGAGCUCCGAAAUCAUCCGCAUGUUCUACUACGAAUUCGACGACCUCCUCCCAGAGCCCUACAAGAGCCUAGACCUCUAUCCAGCCACCCUGCGGCCGCAAAUUGAUGAAUCAAACGAGUGGAUUUACAACGACGUCAACAAUGGCGUCUACAAGUCCGGCUUCGCAACCACCCAAGAAGCAUACGAGAAAGCCGUAACGACCCUCUUCAGCUCUCUCGACAGAAUCGAGAAGCACCUGGCCCAGCAGGCGGCCGUCUCGCCCUUCUUCUUCGGCACUCAGGUCACCGAGGCUGAUAUCCGGCUCUUUACGACGAUUGUCCGCUUUGAUCCGGUCUACGUGCAGCACUUUAAGUGCAAUAUCCGCGAUAUCCGAUCUGGGUAUCCGGCUAUUCAUCGCUGGCUGAGGGCGCUUUACUGGGAUAUUCCCGCCUUUGGGGAGACUACGCAGUUCGAGCAUAUCAAGUUCCAUUAUACAAAGAGUCAUAAGCAGAUUAACCAGUUCGCUAUUACACCUGUUGGGCCUGUUCCGGAUAUUUUGCCCAAGGAUCAGGAGGUCAAUGCUGUGACCGUGGCUCGUUAA